GUUUCCACUUCUUAUGUCGGAGGAGAUCAUGGCAGCUGAAGACCACGAGAGUUUGGAGGAGCACAUGCAAUUGCAGAGAGUCUUUCGUAUUCUGACGAUUGACGUUCCCGACAAGCGGUUGGCACGCAAACUGCAGGUGGUCGAGGCCAAGCUAGCCGAGCUGUAUCACGCGUCAUUGAGUGACAGCGUUGUGGACGCCAAGACCCGCGACCGACACCACCGCGAAGGCAAACGCUUGGAAGAGUGCAAAGCGGCGUACUUGGCUGAACGACACAAAUUGCACGCCGGCGGACAGGACGACCGGCUCGCCACGCACCGCAUCUCCAAGGACGUGCUGGCCGAAGUGCUCGAGAGGUUGGGCAUGCCCGUGUCGGCGGCGGAAGUGGAGGAUAUGGUGUGGGAAGUGAACGACGGGCUGGACGGCGCCGUGUCGUGGGACGAGUACAAGCGGUCGUUCCUGCGGUGCAAACACGACAAGACGUAUCUCGAGCCGACGUUGCUCUUCCACAUCACGUGCUUUGUCAUGUACGACCGCGACUGCAGCGGCAAGGUCUCGAUGGACGAUGCCAUGCAUAUGUUGUUUUUGAAGUAUGGUAACCACAUGGAAGCGGAAAUGGAAGCAUUAUUUGGCAAGCGCCUGCGGGACGACGAGUUUGUCAUGACGUUGACGUUUCCGCAGUUGACCUCCCAUUAGUACGUCGAGGCGCUGGAACGCCGGCGGAUUGAUCAAAUUGACCAAUUGGGGGUUUGGGGCAAACUCGGCGCCGCCAAACGACACGCAAAAGCCGCUGCGACAUUGUCGACGCCAGUGAAACCCCCCGUGUAGCAGCCUUCAAUCCGUCACUCGACCUAGAAGGACUUCAUUUGACAGUACUUAUUUAGUAUAGCGGUAUACAUCAUCCACGUAUGCAAACUUUUGUAUAUGGCGAACGUGGGAAUACUGGUA